GGCCCUCGAACUUGCCUACAUUUUUCUACUAGUCUGGUACUACUGUACACUCACCAUUCGUGAAUCGAUACUCAAAGUAAAUGGAUCACGCAUUAAAGGCUGGUGGCGAGCGCAUCACUUUAUCUCAACGGCAGCCGCUGGUGUAUUGCUUGUGUGGCCGCAGGGCGAGCAUUGGCAGCUAUUCCGCACGCAAUUCAUGUACUUCAAUGUCUAUAUAAACCUUGUGCAGUAUUUGCAAUUUGGCUACCAAAAGGGUUUGCUCUAUCGACUGAAGGCGCUCGGUGAACGUCACAACAUGGAUAUCACCAUUGAAGGCUUCCAUUCGUGGAUGUGGCGUGGUUUGAGUUUUCUGCUACCAUUCCUAUUCGGCGGCUAUACAUUCCAAGCAUACAACGCCUGGACCCUUUACAAGUUGACAACGGAACCGCCAGGAGCGCCAUGGCAUGUAUCUGUGUUGUGCGGCUUGUUCCUUCUGCUCUUCAGCGGCAAUAUUAUCACCACAUUAUUGGUCGUGCCCGAGAAGAUACGUGAACGUGCCAAGGAACGCUAUCGUCUACAGUCCAUGGGCACCUCAAUGAAAUUGCGCAAAAUGAUGAGGAAUAGCAUCAGUGAAUUGGACAUUUCCAGCCAACAAUUGCUAGCCAAUAAUAAACAAGAAAACUCUACCUCCAUUCAUGCCAUCGGCGAUGCUGUUGAAACAACAACAGCUUUAGCAACAACAAAAACGACGUCAAUUACUGCUAAUGCAAACCCACCAGCAGAUGGCGAUGUUCAUCUACAAAACCAAAUAAAGGAAAUUGAGCAACAUGAACAACAGGAGGUGGAGACAAAACCAGAAGAUAAGAAGACAAAUUAAAUGGGCCAGUGGGAUACAUAUGUCACCGUGAGGAAAGGACGAAAAACUAAUGGAGAGUGAAGCAGAGUAUGCCGCUUUGCAAUUACUCUGAGUCUGAUAUUCUCAAGUUUUAUGCACUACAUGUAGAAAAACAAGCAACAUACAAAAAAAAAUAAAAAAUAAAAAUAAAAAAAAAAACGCCAGAGAAGGAAAUAAAGGGAAAACAAGGAUGCUGUAAAGGGAAAAGUCGAAAGUGUUUAGAGUAAGAAGAAGAAAUGCUCCGAAAAAGUGUGUUUAACUAUACUUUAACAGAAAAUGCGCGAAAAAUUUAAGCAAAGCAAAAAAAGGUAGAAAUGUGGAUUAGCUGGGGGAAUGUCUAAAAAAAAUGUUGAAGAAGAAAGAUUUGAAAAUGCGUAACUCCUUUUGUUUAUUACAAUUUUAACAAAAAUAACUGUCGUUUUUUAAUGUAACACAAUGUCACUACCAAUUUGGCUAAUCUAACAAAAAGCUAAAAGGUUUUUAAUGUGUAAUAUAUAAAUUGGCUGGCAGUAACUGCGAAAGUUAGAAGUUAAAAAAUACACAAAUUUAUUAACUCCGCUUUUUAGCGCGAAAGUGAGUGCUGACAAAG